CUCUGAGGAUUGUACGUGGGUAAAACAAACAAACGAAAAAACGAAAAUCAAAAAAAAAAAACAUUUCACUCGUGUGUUCAAAUUAAUAUUAGCAAAAUGCGUAUGGCUAUAACAGGCUGGGGAAGUGGAAAAUGAAGGGGGUGCUUCUGCGCUCACCGUCGGUGUAAGUGCACGGCUAUGCAUCAAAGCUAAACCAGACUCCCAGUGACUGCAGAAGGCAGCAGUUUGACCUCUGAAGACUUUACCGGAGGCAACGACGACAAAGUUUUGGAUGAAACACGGCAGGAAAGAUGAGAUGCCAUAGACCUUAGUUCAACCGAAGGAGUGUGUGUAGUGGAGGAAGAGCGUGUCCUGCCUUGGUGCCUCCUCACACUCAGUCACCAUUAUGGAUGUUAAGAAACACAACAGAGGAGAGACAUCACAGGUUGGCUGAGCAGCGUUGGAAGAGUUCAGUCCGCUGUAUGAGCUCUGCAGCCAGGAAGAGGAGACCUCUGCGCAGUGCCUUCCCAGUGCUGGAGCAGCCCCUCCAGCCCAUCCACCAGCACGUGUAUGAGGCUAACCUCCGAAACAGCAACGCCUGCCAUAAGAAGUUCAUAGAGUUGGCUGAGAAGGUGAGGAAAGGUGGAGGGGAGAACAGCAUCGCCAGGCACACAAAGAGAAACAAGAAGUUGCUGGUCAGGGAUCGUCUGCGCCUUCUGCUGGACGAUGAGGACUUUCUGGAGCUGUCACCAUUCGCGGGUCUGGGUCUGCCCUACGGGGACAUCCCUUCAGCCGGCUGCCUGACAGGUAUCGGCAGGAUCAGUGGUCUGUGGUGUGUGUUCAUUGCCAACGAUGCCACAGUGAAAGGCGGAACAGCGUAUCCAAUCACAGUGAAGAAGCAACUAAGAGCGCAAGAAGUGGCGAUUCAAAACCGCCUGCCUUGUGUUUACCUGGUCGACUCUGGGGGAGCUUUCCUACCACUGCAGUCAGAGAUCUUUCCGGAUAAGAACCAGGGAGGAAGGACGUUCUAUAACGAAGCCAUCAUGUCUGCCAUGAAGAUCCCGCAGGUGUCAGUGGUGUGUGGGUCAUGCACGGCGGGUGGAGCUUACAUCCCCACGAUGGCAGAAGAGACAGUGAUGGUGCACCGGAUAGGGACGAUAUUCCUGGGGGGGCCGCCACUUGUCAAGGCCGCCACAGGAGAGGAAGUGACACCAGAGGACCUGGGAGGAGCCAGGCUUCAUGCUGAAGUGAGUGGCUGUGUGGAUCAUUUCGCCUGGGAAGAAAAGGAGGCGUACGAUUACACCAGAAACAUCAUUUCCACCCUCAACUUCCAACUGCCUGAGGAAGAGGAGGAGGAUGAGGAGCGGACGAAGAAGAGGACAGCUGAGGAGCAGCCACUGUACAGUUCAGAGGAGCUUCUGGGCCUCGCUCCGCAGAGUUAUAGCUACAGUCUGGACGUUAAAAUGGUCAUCAGUCGGCUGACGGACGGCAGCCGCUUCCAGGAGUUUAAGGCUCGUUACGGAACCACGCUGAUCACUGGUUUUUCAAAGAUACACGGCCACCUGGUGGGAAUAGUAGCCAACAACGGAGAGCUGUCACAGCAGGCCGCCCUGAAAGGAAGCCAUUUUGUCCAGUUAUGUGACCAGAGAGACAUCCCACUCCUCUUCCUCCAGAACACAGCACCCACAGCAGCACCAACACUCUCCAUAACACAGGCAGAGAUGAACAGUAACCGUCUGAAGGCUCAGGGUUCAAUGCUGUCCGCAGUAGCGUGCGCCUCCGUCCCCAAAAUCACUGUGGUGGUUGGUGGUUGCCACGGUGCUGACAGCUACGCCAUGUGCGGACGGGCCUUUGACCCCAAUUUCCUGUUCCUGUGGCCCAACGCCAGAGUGUCGAUGGCGGCUCCGGGUCACGCUGGCUCUCUGCUUCCCCCCGACAGUGAGCUGGAGGAAGAGCAGAAGCAGCAGCAGGAGGACAACUUUAACAGGAGAUUAAAAGAAGAGAGCUCAGCUUUCUUCUCCUCUGGCAGGCUCUGGGACGAUGGAGUCAUUUUGCCCCAGGACACCAGGAAGGUUCUCAGAGACUGCCUGGACAUCAUCAAACAGCAGCAGUGUCAGCUUUCCACAGAAAAACGGCAAUCAGCACUUCUACGUAUGUAGAGGCCUCUCCUCCUCACUUUUUUAUGGACACUACCAACAUCUGUCCAUCAGCGAGAUUUAACGGGUGUCUUUCGUUCAGUCUGGCUGCUGUGGCCCACUGGUCACCUUCACCAGGGUGCGCUAAGAGGUUUCACACCGAGCUCCGGCCCGUAUUCAGCAUGACUGGAAAUUGCAGGUGUCGGAAUUAUAGUUGCACUUGAAGAGAAUCUUAACACCUUAAAUAACACAGAUUUAGUACAACGGUUGGACAUGCCGAAUACCGACAUGUGUGUUUUUCAGACUAGACAGAAAUUUCAUUGCCAGUCCUCCUAAGGUCGUAUUUGGGAGGGUGGCUAACGGAUCAAACAUCCUGUUUUAACCACAAUGAUGAACAACUCUCUUGGACUGGGUACAGAUUAUAGGAGAUGAAGAAGAUUAUGCUUUAUAAACUGUACGCAUGUGAUAAUUUAAUGUCUGCCGCAUUUUUGCCCACAACAACCAUAGUACCGUCAGUGCAUGUUUGUUUUUUUUUCAUCUCCAGAAACCUAAGCUUGACCCCGUGCACGCUGACUUUUUAUUUUUA